AUGACAUUUAAAGUAGCUGUUGGCAGCAUAAGAAACUUCAAUAUUUCUUUAAAAACAUGGUGGCAUCUCAGUGAAUAGGGUGUUCAUUUUCACUAGUCAUUAAAAUUUCAGGAAGCUUAUCAAGCAGGAGUGUUUGAUACAAAUUGUAAACACCGCAAAAAUAAGCUUCAUACAAAAUUAAGCAUGACGUCUGAAGAAGUCCCGAUCUCCGAAGAGCUGAAGGGAUGUUACGAAAAUCUCAUUGUAAUCGACAUUGGCGCGAACUUGACGAACAAGAAAUACGGCCGUGAUCUCGAUUCUGUUAUUCAAAGGGCAAAAGAUGCAGGUGUCCAGAAGAUCAUGGUGACAGGCACAUCCGUCCGGAGUAGCAAAGAAGCCUUGAGACUAACACGCCUUUACCCCAGCACUAUAUACUCAACCGCAGGUGUCCACCCUCAUGAUGCAAAAUCAAUGUCCGAAGAGGAACUUUGGAUGGAACUGGCAAGUACGGCAGCUGCCCCAGAAUGUGUGGCGGUUGGAGAAUGUGGACUUAAUUACACCAAGGAUUUCUCAGAGCCCAGUGUUCAAAGGGAGGUGUUUAAACGGCAGGUGGAAAUGGCCUGCGAUCUCCGCAAGCCGCUGUUCGUCCACGAGAAGGAGGCGCAGGAGGAUCUCAUCAAAAUCCUCGAUGAAUUCGGCAAUCGCCUCCCACCGGUCGUGAUACAUUCGUUCACGGGUUCCGUGGAGCAGGGUCUGAAAUACAUCGAAAAGGGUUACUACCUGGGUAUAACCGGGUACAUAUGUAAGGAUAAAUCCGACGGUGGCAUCCGAAGACUGCUCUCGGAGGGGAUACUGCCGCUGGACAAGCUACUGGUUGAGACUGACUCGCCGUUCAUGUAUCCUAAUAUGAGAGCUUCCAAACUGCCGCUACACGUCAAGGACUCGCUGACUGAGAGGUCAAUGAACUUCGUGAACCGCUACUGUACCUUCCAACGUAACGAGCCGUGCGCUCUGCCGGCCGUGGUGGAGCUGGUGGCUGGCUUCCUGGGGCAGAGUCCCGAGGACGUGGCCCUCGCUACGGCCUUCAACGCGCUCAAACUGUUCGGACUCAGCCAGUAGAGGGCGACACGGGCCGGAGAGGGGGGAGGAUGUGGAGGGGGGGGGGAGCGUUUGACAUCGAUAGCUAGACCAGAACUAGCCAAGUCUCGCAGAUAUUAUUUUUAUAUAAAUUUUAAUCGAUUUAUACACAGCGAGGAUCCCGCAAGCGAUUCCUAUGAAAUAAAGGUCCUAUUUAUACGGAUGUGCCUUAAAUGUAAGAGAAUGACAAUUAUUUAAUCAUAUUUAUACCGAUGUUAGCUCGUUCAGAGGUUUAUUUAGUCUUCAGGCGUCGAGGAAAUUGGAAAGCGAAAAAAAAAACGAUUUGCAAAAUAUGACAAGCUAGACGCGGGACCGCGGGUUCGCUCGAAUGAUUUUUUAUAAUAACAAUAGUAUUUUCUCAUAUUCUUCGUAUCACCGAGCGCGCGGUCCGGGUGUCAUUCUGAGGCUAUAUAUUAACAUAUAUUUCUUGCCAUCGCGUAGCCUCCGCAUAUUGUUAGUUAGUUUCAAGUGCACUUGGAGCCGAUGCCAUUUAUAUUAUAAUGCAUAAUAAAGCAAAUUUUAUUUACCUUUACGCUUCACCGCCUCGUGCAGCACGGCCUUAGUGUCUAUGUGACUCAUAUAGUCUGUGGGAAGCGACACAGAUUAAUGAAACAAAUAUGGUGGCAAUAGAUGGCAGCUUUAGUCGUAAUGAUCUCAGUAAGACUUUGUAUUGACAGAUGUUUUUUUUUAUACAGUUUUCGUUACAAACGUAACCGUGUGAUCCGAGUUAUCCGCGUUGUGUUCCUGACCGUCCGGUUAAGUUUCCGACUGUCAGAUGUCGAAUAUGUUUCUGCUGUUCGUCCCGCGUCGCUCGUUAAGACGCCCGCAUCUGUGUCUCUCAGCCGCGGCGAUCAACUAGUGUAAGUUUCUGUUGCCACUGUAUGCGAGGCCUCCCUGCGCGGAGUAUUCCUAUUCGAAUUAUUUAUAUUAACUCUAUAAGUUUAUCGAAUAUGUCUGUAAAUAGUUAUGAUAGUAUACGCUGCUGGUAGUCACAACGGAAACAAAGACUGCAAGUAUUGAAGUGGAAUUUGACGUUUAUUUUUUUUUGUAAUUAUAAUUAAUGUAUUUAAUGCUAAGGCCGCUCGCACACGUGACUGUGUCGUUGUUUAACAUUAUUUCCGCUAGUCGCAGUCCCGUGCGCGGGCGGCCUUAGAACUGUUGUUGAUUCCUUUAUUUUUGGACAAUCACUUUGAGUCAGGAGCGCGGCGGCGCGCUCCCGGCGACUGUAUAAUAAUUGUUAAUAAUGAAUGUACGUGUAUGUAACCCGCGGAGUACUGUCAGUGCCUUCGACGAAACGUCCUUUUGUGAUAAAUAUUUUUCUUAGAUUGUACAGAUUAUUUCUUUCAAUAAAAUGAUGAAAAUUAAAUAUAA